GCGGUGCUUGGGCCCCGGGGGGCCGCGCUGGGGCUGGGGGCUGUCUUCGGCGGGGAGGCGAGAGUCGUUGCAACGCGUUGCUUUCCUCGGUGCCGCCACGGGCUUUUGCACCGCCAGGGCCCGAGCGUUUUGGGGUAAAGCAGAUGUGUGCCCGCGGAGAGGGAGGGGAUUCUGCCUUUAUUCCCCGUCGACCUCUCGGUGUUUCCGCAGCCGGGAGCCGAUCGCGGAGGAGAGACAGCGGGACAAUCCCGACCUCCCCUCCCACCUGCUCGGUCUAGGUGUAAGCUGGGGGGAGAGAGAAACGCCCCUCACCCUCUACCUCGUGCCCUUCCGACAGACUCCGAGCUUGAUUCAUUUCUUCCUUGGCCCAGGGAGGCCGUGGACAGAGCAGUAUUGCUAACAGCGGGGUUAGCAACCCCUCGUCGAGGCUGGAUGCGCUUUGCAGCGCUCUGGCGAUGCGGGGCGGCCGCGGAACGGGAAAAGCACCCGCAGAGCCGGGCGAGACGCCUGGCAAAAGCGACCUUUGGGUUUAGGUCCUUUUAGGGGUGCAGAAGAGGGGAGGACCCCACUUGCAAUGUAGUUCCGUGCCGCCGUGUCCCUCGGGUUUGCUCUGCCUCUGCGGGGUUCGCUCAUAGAGGAGAAGCCGGGGAUGAUUUCUCCCUCCUGCCGUCUCAGCUGUGCCCGACACGGCUCACGCGUGUGUGAACCCCGCGCGGCCUACGAGGCCGGUCAGGGGGUGUGGGAACGGGACGCGGGAGUGUCCUCCGAGAAACCUGGGAUUUCGGGGCUGCAGCCCCGCUACUCGGUGGGGGCCCGCUCCGCUGCCCCCGGGUACCGGCUGGCAACGAUUCCCGGCAGGUCCCAUGUCCCCGGCAGACACCGCUCAGCCCCAACCUCGCCGAGCGGGUGGACAGGCCGAGCGGCCCGUCUGCUGUCUCCGACGUGAUGCCACGUCCAGCUGGGGCUUUACCUAGGGACCGAGUAUAAACCUGAGAAACGGUGCGAGCAAGCAAGGCAAGGGCAGCAACCUCGAGCUCGCCGACUCUGCUGUGGCUCUGGAAUCGAGGUUUUCCUUAAUUUCCAGAGGGAGGAAUAUUUUCUUUCCUCCUGGGGCGGGGGCUACCCAGAACCGGGCAUCAGCCCCUGAGCUCCCGGAGGCGGUUUGCAGCUCGCACUCGCGGCUCCUCGUUUUCUUCCGAUAUUGCCCCGAGGUGCCCUAACGAAAUUCCUUGCCCUCCUCUUUGUAUUGCCGCCAGGUAAGCAGCGCCGAUCAGUACCGAGACACUCUUCUCCGUGGCGUGUCCUGAGCUCAGAGUAGAAACUGUCCCGGCCGGGAACCCCGCUGCCAGCAGCAGCGAAGAAACAAAACACCGAUCGUGUCACGUUCUGCCCUUAUGCCGUUAGCUGCAGGAACAUAUGCUCAAAUAUGUAAGAGUAGUCUAGAUUUUUCUCUGCAAAUAUUUUUACCACAUCCAAAGAUAAUAUUUCAACAGAAGAAUCAAGCCCCGCAGGCUACAGACAGGGCAGCUAUAUAUAACCCGCUUGCUCACUCCGAUCUCCGCGCAUCGCUCGGGUUAUGCAACCCCAAUCGCGGCGGUAGCCACCGGCGCGCCCCGGCUCCGCCCGCCCCGUCGGGGCAUUUCGCCCGGAACCUCGGUGAAGCCACCCGCUCGGAGGGAUCGGCACCGGGACUGGGAUCGGGACUGGGACCGGGGACGGGACGGGCCCGGCGGGGUGGCCACUCUGCUUCCCCCCACGCCUAUGCGGAGGAAGGGCCCGGGAGACGCCGCGGCGCUCCGAGGGGCCGGUGCCGGGCGGUGAGUAGCGCCUCACCUUCGCCGGGGCGGGGAGGGGAACCAGGGCGGCCCUCCACGGCGGCGGGGGGAGAGCGGCCGCCGGCCCAGGCGGGCCGUGCAGGUGCUGCCGACGGAGCGGGCUCUCACGCCGAGCCGAGAGAAGGCUUGCCGACCGCCCCCCCGGUUGCUUUCUCUUUUCACCGCUUUUUGUGGCUAAGGGAAUGUUCGAAUGUCGACGGGCACUUGGUGGCCCGGGGCUGGGGAGUCUCAUCCCGCUCCGGCGAGGCGACCGGCGGUACCUGCUGCCGCGGUGCACCCCGACGUGCCCGGCCCCCGUCUGCUGUGGCGGCUCGGGCUGCAAGUACCCGCGGUCGUCGGGCAGCGCGUCCGGGACAGGACAGCCCUCAGCCCCGCGGUGGAUGCGGGCAGGAGGAAGGGACCAAUUCCCCCUCUCGGUGCCGGACAUCCGCAGCGUGAAGCCGGGCUCGGCUCGGCUGGGCUCGGCUCUUCCCUUCCCGCCGGCCGGCUCCCGGCGCCGUGAUUGACACCGCCGGCCCCUCCACCCGCCCCGCAGCAGAUCACAUCCCUCCCCGCCGGCCGCUCGCCGUGCCCGGGAGGCGGGGAAGGGCCUCCCCAGCCCUUUGACACCGUCUCGGCAAGAGUUUCAUCUCGCUUUCGCCGCCGUCGCCGCUUCUGCAGGCAAACACCCCCGGCUUCCAUGUGACGCCUCCCAGCCGCUGAAUGGGGAAAAGCGCCUAUAAGGGAGCCACUUUCCCUACGUGCAAGAGAAAAGGAGGGGACGGGGGGUAGAAACAGGAGGUGGUAGUUUGGGGGAAGGGAAAAGAGCAAAUAAAUUAAUAAAUCACAGGGAGCGAAGCUGGGGGGAGAGAAACUGAGACCCCGGGGAAGAAAUUCGUGGGGUUAUUUAUUCCCCCCCACUCCGGCUCCCUCUCGCUGACGGCGCUCGAUCCGGCUGUUGCCGUGCUCGGCUCUGGCUGCAAAGGGCCCCUGGGAAGUUUCUUGCUCCCCAACGCCCUUCCCGGGGGGGGACACCAGAGGGUUUGGGUUGUUUUCUGUUGUGUUGUGUGGUUUUUUUUAAGCUUCCCUCCCCCCGUCUGGAAGGAGGGGGGGUCUCUCUCGCACCUCCCUGGAUGGUGCGGUAGAAAGGAGGGGAAUGAAGGGGUGGGAGGGGGGGCUCGCGGUGGGAGGCUGCCGCGGCUGCUGCUCCUGCAUUGGUGUCUCCCCUAUGGACGAAAACAGCCCUCUGUCUCCCAAGGCAAAUGCUUUCAGUAUCGCCUCUCUGAUUUCAGUCGCCGCCGCCGCCGAGCAAGCAGGGAAGGGAGCGCUGGAGGAGCGCAGCGGUGGCCGCAGCGCGCCCGCCCGCCCCGGCUGCCGCCCGCAGAAGAUGCACUUCAGCACCGUCACCAGGGACAUGGAAGCUAUCUCCAGCCCCUGGCUCACCCAGCUGUCCCAUUUUUGCGAUGUUGCAGCUUUCACGGCCAACAGCCUGAGCAGCCUGAACGCCUCCGGGGGGUACCACCUCUCCCCCUCCCCGGGGGACCCGUACGGACAGCAUGAGCCGCCGCACUACGAGCCCUGCACGGCUCAGCAGCACCCGCACCCGCCGCCUCAGCCCCAGCACGGCUACUCCUUUGGUGGGGCGGCGGCGGCGGCCGGGGCCAACCCGCCGGCCCCAGGCCCCGAGCCGACCGAAGGCGCCGGGGGAUCCGCCGCAGGGCCGGCCGCCGUGUCGGGCUGCUCCACGGGGGCGACCGCCGCGGCCAAGGCGCCGGUGAAGAAGAACCCGAAGGUGGCCAACGUGAGCGUCCAGCUGGAGAUGAAGGCGCUGUGGGACGAAUUCAACCAGCUGGGCACCGAGAUGAUCGUCACCAAGGCCGGCAGGCGCAUGUUCCCCACCUUCCAGGUGAAGAUAUUCGGGAUGGACCCCAUGGCUGACUACAUGCUCCUUAUGGAUUUUGUCCCCGUGGACGACAAGCGAUACAGGUACGCCUUCCACAGCUCCUCCUGGCUGGUGGCCGGCAAAGCCGACCCCGCCACCCCCGGGAGGGUGCAUUACCACCCGGACUCCCCGGCCAAAGGGGCUCAGUGGAUGAAGCAGAUCGUUUCCUUCGAUAAGCUCAAACUGACCAACAAUUUGCUGGAUGACAACGGGCAUAUCAUUUUGAACUCCAUGCACAGAUACCAGCCGCGUUUUCACGUGGUCUACGUGGACCCCCGAAAAGACAGCGAGAAGUACGCGGAGGAGAAUUUCAAAACCUUCGUAUUUGAAGAGACGCGCUUCACAGCCGUGACCGCCUACCAGAACCACCGGAUCACACAGUUGAAGAUUGCCAGUAAUCCUUUCGCCAAGGGAUUCAGAGACUGUGACCCUGAGGACUGGCCCAGGAAUCACAGGCCAGGGGCCCUUCCUCUCAUGAGUGCUUUUGCCAGAUCCCGGAAUCCAGUGUCUUCCCCAGCCCACCAGAAUGGGACAGAGAAAGAUGCUGCCGACAGCCGGCGGGAGUACGAGCGGGAGGCGGCCGGCGGGACUGCCCUGCACGCCGAGGCCGCGCACCAGCAGCUCAUGUCCCGCGUGCUCAGCCCCGCGCUGCCGGGCGGCGGCGGCGGCCUGGUGCCGUUGGGCGGCGCGGGCGGCGGCCGGCCCAGCCCGCCCCACCACGAACUGCGCCUGGAGCCCCCCGCCUCGGAGCCCCUGCACCACCACCCCUACAAGUACCCGCCCGCGGCGGCCGCCGCCUACGACCACUACCUGGGGGCGAAGAGCCGGCCAGCCCCGUACCCCCUCCCCAGCAUCCGCGGGCACAGCUACCACCACCACCACCACCACCACAUGAACGCGGCGGCCGCGGCGGCGGCGGCAGCUGCCAACAUGUACUCGUCGGCCGGCGCGCCCGCCAGCUACGACUACGGGCCCAGAUAACGGCGCCGCCCGCGCCCCGCGGAGCCGCCGACAGCGCGAGAGACUGGCGGCAGCCGCGCGUGUCGCGACUGCUAACCGUCCUCCCCACUUCCCGCCUUUCCCUCUCUUCCCGCCUUACGAGUGAGCUGAUAGGCCAGCUUGACCUGAUCGACAAUCAGAGAGCCCAAUCGCAGGAAGCCGGGGCCCACCGUCCUGCUCCCCACGCGUCGGCGGGCCGUGAGGGAGGGCGGCGCGGGGCCGGGAGGUUGUGGAGGCUGGUCGGGCCGCGCCAGGUGCUCCUCAUCGCGGUGUGACCCGCAGCUGCACUUUGAUAAAUGAAGCCAUAUGUGGUUAUCUCCCUACCCUCGCGCCUCCGUUCCUGCGGGUGCCCCCACCUGCGCCGUGCGCUGAGGAUCCCAGGGAAGCUGUGGGAGGACGGGGAAGCGGCAAUGGUGAGGUGACCGACCCUCUUCUCACCCGCGCGCUGGGUCUUCUGAUGGAGAUUUGGUGUUGCCACCAGUUUUGGGGUGCCACGGGUGUUCGCUGGCUCAGCAGGACGCGUAACGUUAGCGGCGGUCAGGGCGGGCUGCGGGGCUGGCCGAGCGCUGCCGGACACCGGCCCCGGGAUGGGCGCUAAUUCUGCAUAUGGGAUUCAGUCUCUCUUACCUCGGGGAUGUUCGGCCUCGUUUACAGUUGGCGCAGGUGGUUCUUCGAGGAGACUGGCAGAGGAGGCAGAGCUUAGCUUAAAGGGACAUUUUGACUCUUCACUGUCAGAACUAAUUGUCCACUUCUCCCCCUAUCCUGACCUGCCUGUGUGUUUUGGGGUUCGUUGGGGCAGCCUCACCACAACAGCGUUUUCUAGAGCUGUUGAGAAAAGCCCAUGGCUAAGAGCACAGCCAUGUAUAGUUUCUUGUUUUUGCAACAACGGAUACAAAGGUUUAAAACCCAGCCCGGGCAUGGAGGGAAGACCCGCAGAUUUUAGGCUGUGUAUUCUCAGCAAUAGUUGGUAGACUUGCUACUUCCCAGGCAGCCCCACAGUGCUGCCCUCCUGCAUCCCUUCCCGAGCUCUUGAUGCUCUCCUUUUGAGAGGUGCCUUUUAGAGGAAUGUCAGGGUUUUUUCCCCCCAGAAUGCCUUGCCCCUUUUAUUUGGCAGACCCAAAUUGCAGUAGUCCCAAAGCACCUAUUCUGCAUCUACCUGUUUGCUGCCAUCUUCCCUCUUAGAGGUGGUAAGUACUUUUAUUUUCCUUUAAUAUCUUCCUUCAGUAAUUUUUCCUUCUUGUUGAAGUGAUGGGCCUGUUCAUCACAGUUUCUCCAAUGAUGCGAUUUGAAUAGUUGGCUUGUGUUUUUUGUCAAAUACUCAUCAAACGGCAGUCCUUUUGUGUUCAGAGAAGGUAUCAAACAGCCCCUCAGCUGUGUUGGUAUACAGUAUUAUGGAUACUUUUCUGAUUCUUCCACGCGACUCCAUGAAAAGAAGGUUAUGUGUUUGUUUCUUUGUGUGUUGUUUUGUUUUUUUUUUUUUUAAGUCCUCCAUCUGUAUUUGUGCAUUUUCACUACAAACCUUUUAAAACAUAAUCUUCCCCUUGUGCAGGUGGCAGUGUUAAUAGCAAUGUUUGUUCUGUCUCUGACAGUGGGCUUUGGGCUUCCAGAACGCUUUGGAAGGGUUUAAGAAGGGAUACAGGCUAACAUGAGUAUUUUAUGUAUUUUUUCUGUUAUAAAAAAUAUAUCUGGAUCCAUGAAAAAGACUUGUGCAAGAAAUAUGUAUUUUAUUUGACAUUUGCAGUGAAUUGUGAGAUUCUUAGUGUCUGACUAAACCAUAAUUAAUGUUCUCAGAAAGGUUGAUGUAAAAUAGCCUUGUGCUUAUUAUUAGUCAGUGGGAAAUGGCUCUCAGCUGUGCUCCGUUGCUUUGUGGCUAUUUCAGAGUUUUCAAUAUGAUUUGUUAUCUGUAAACUGAUUAGUGCCAAAGCUUUGGUCAAAUGUUUAAUGAAGUUGUUAUAUUUAUUACUUCUUUCAAAGACUAUACAAAUACUUUUUUUUUUUCCUUGAUAGUUGCAGCGUAGGAAAAAGGUGAAGAGACAACCAAAGAAUCAUAUCUGCGGUGUAGAUACAUGUAGAUAUUUGUAGAUAUAUGUAGAUAAUCUUAUUUCAUUUAAGUUGAAAAGACAUUGGGCAGUGACAUUUAUAAAUAUGUUUUUCCUCUUCCUUCUUUCUUCCUUUCUUUCAUUUCUUGUUUGAUUACUUGUGUGUAUUUGUCAGUUUGUCAGCCCUGAAGUCUAAACCUCCCCUACAAAAUGAUGUCACUUAAAUAAGGUUACCAAAUGGGAGUUGUUCAGUCCAAGCAAGUAAUGUAUCUCCAGAGGUGGUUGCUCCCUUCCUUCUCUUUUGCUGGUUGCUGGAGCUGUUCAUGGUUGUAGCAAUGGAUCAUUAUGCAACAGCUUGCAUGUUUGCGGUCCCAGGUGGAAAUGGAUAUGGUACACUUCUGUGUGUGUUUGUGAGCACUUCUUUUCUUUAAACAUGCAAGACUGCUGCAAGAAGUGCCACUGGCUGUCACUGCAGACUGGCCACACACCUUUUAAAAUGUACUUUACUGUACAAGAGCUGAGAGGACUGCAUGGCUCAAGAUGCCAAGACUAAACUGUGCUCUUACAGAAAGUGGCUCAAGGUCCUUGCUUUGAUUGUAUAAAUUUUAAUUUAUCUCCAUUAAAAGAGAAAAUCACAGAACAUCAGCCUAAGGCAGUGAGCCCUCAGGAUCCUUAGUCUAUCCUUUGUGCUUGAAGAACCACUGCAGAAGUGCUGUGUCUGAACGGGAAGAAGAGACCAUGCAGAUGUAUCAAGACUACAAUUUUAACUAUGAAAAUGGUAUUUCCAACCUUGCUUUCAGUCCACCAACAUACAAGGUGCUUUAUAUAUGUUAGUAUUAAGGGUAUUAGCAGUCAAUUUCAUAUCAUGUUUUAAUCCUUAAAUCAAGCUUCCUUGGGGCUUUGACUGGUGUUUCCUCCUUGUAUAGCUGUGCCUGCGUCAUUGGACGGGAGUGUUCUAGAUAUGGAAAGCAAGCAGGGUUAUUUUUCUAUCACAACAAAAAAUUCACUUCAGACAAACAAAAACUCCUGCAACACUGCACAUUGAGUAGUGAAAGCCUUUUGAAAAAUCACAGAAAAGCUGUAAAACUUUAAUUUAAUGUUACCCAUCAGCCAGUUAGUCAAGGUAUAUAAUGUACAGGCCAUGCCUUACCUGUAUGUAUUGUAGUUUCAUUUGAAAAAUGACUUUAUAUGAUUCGGUUACAUGUAUGUUUAAACUUCACUCAGUACAUGCCAUUGCCAAUGUACAUGCCAAGAAAGAAGGCUGCAGCAUUUCCAGACAAUACUUCCACUUAUGGUAGCCUCAAUUCACACUUAACACUGUGUAUUUUAAAGCUGCUGGUAAAACAGGCCCAAGCACAGUGGUUACAAACACCCUUUGUCUCUUCCAAGCAGGGCUAUAGAACAAAUUAGCCAUGUGACUCCGUUUUCCAGAGGUACAGGCUGAAUUUAACAGUUGCUCCAGAGGUCUAAAAACCUCAUCACUUACCUCAGUGGAUAAACAUAGGAUUAGGCACCCACAGGUAAAACAAGGGAGGUCUUUGCUUGGUCACUUACCCAAACACUGAGGAUAGCUUAGUUUUUCAGGAACAGUUUUUUUGUUGUUGUUGGUUUUAUUUUUUCCUUGCUAAUGGAUCUGGCAAUUCAAUGUAGGAUAGGAGGAUGGGGACGAGAUUUCUGUGUGCUUGCGGUGUUCAUGUACACCGUUUACACACACUUAAUGGGUGUUCUUUUUAAUCUUCCUGCUUAGGGAGACCCUAGUACUGCUUUGGGUGGAACUGUGAAGGUGGUUCCCAGUAGAUGCCUCUCGGCAUUCUGGGUUCUUGUCGUCUCUUCAGUCAAUCUCAAGCAUGAAUACGCAUGGCCAUUGCCAGGGAACAAGUACUCUGAGGUUUCCUCCAUGUUAGAGUCUGUGUAACAAUGGGUUGCGGUGUGGAGAAUGACCCAAAGGCUGCAGUAAGCAUUAAAAUGCAUUUUGUGGCCACCAGGCCACUAAGGGACAGUAUAGGUCUCCCAUCAGCUGGGGGCUUCCUAAUGGAUCUCUACAAAGAGCCCUGGCUAGCAGAGCUGCAUGGCUCUGGCCAUCUCAGCUACUGUGCUGUCCUGCCAAGCAGAUCUCAUUGUCUUCAGAAAGUGGGUUUCAGUUUGUGAUGCCUGGAUCCUUGGCCAAGGGGCGGUCGCACCUUGAUCUGACCUGAAAGGAAUAAGAAAAGCAGGUUCACUUGUGCUGUGCAACAUUCUGCCUAUGUGAAGGGAAACACAUUGGGCACCCAUGGAUUAGAUUUGGGGGCAGAAGCUGAGCCCUGCUGCCUGGAGGAGUGUUUGGAGAGCUAAGGCAGCAGUACUUGCAAAGCAAGUUUUAGCACCUUGGUUCAAGGAGCUCAAAAAAGUUGCUGUGACCCUGUUGAACAUGGCUGGGCUGGAGGGUGGGGGAACAGCAUAUGUGUGUGCACGUACAUUUUCUGGUUCUUGGUGCUUUUCCUUCUGUUGCUCAGUUUCAUGAUGGGCUGAAAACAAACGCGGUUUUGCUGGCUGAGUGCUGAGACAGCGGGUGCGGUGGGCAGACCCUCCACUGAUGCUAAACCCAGGGGACGCUGUGUUGCCCCGGGAGGGUUUGGGGCACAGGCGGGUACCGCGGCUCCAGCGGCCGGGAUGCUGCCUGAAGAGCAGGCUCCCUCCGGAGGGAGAGCUGGGCAUCGCACGGAUUCGAGCACGCACACACGGAAAACGAACCCUUACAGGGCUUGUGCCAGAGCUGGCAAACGUGCCACCUGAGAGAAAAAUAUAGAUUUGUUUUACAGAACAAAUGUUUGAUCUUUGAAGCACACAGGCAUAAAUGAGGAAGAGCAGUAAUCUGUGAGUUAGAAUUUGAGGAUAAUCAGCCACCAAUAAUUCAGCUGUUGCCAUAAGCUGGUAUUAUGAAGAUUCCAGUCUAGCAGUGUAGAAGCUAGUAUGUAUGUAGAUGACUUUUUCUAAACAUAUGCAUUUUUUUCCUUCAUUUAAUUAUUCUAAUUCAAUUGAUAUUUAGUUCACAUGAGUGUUUGACACAACUAGAUGAAAGUGACCAUACCCAAAGCUUUCUAUUACUGGCCAUUAUCAGGAGCACAGUGUGUGUUUAUAAAAUGUGCUCUCUAUUAAAGCAAGAGACACCCAUUGUCUGUGGGAAUCUAGUUAGUGUAUCAGAGGUUCGCUAAACUCCAAAAGGAGUUUUUCAUAUUUUUUCCUGCCCAGUAUGUUGUACACACAAUCAAUGCAAAAAAACAAAAGCUGGAUUUGAAGAUGUCCAUAUUUUUCAAAAAUUAAUGUAUAUGUCCCACCUGCACUAUAUAUGUACAUGUACAAGUCUGCUUUUCAAAGGUCCGCAUCUCUUCAGGAAAUCUAUGUAAAGUACUAUAUGUGUUGCAUAUGCCAGAAAAAUGCACCCAUUCCCCCCCAUUAAUAGAAAUUACCUAUUAUAAAUUUACCAAAGAUACCAUAGUUUUAUAAAUUGGCCACAUAUGUCUGUGUAAUAUAUUUAUUAUAUCACAUUUCAUAGCAUUUCUGUUUUAUGAAAUUCAGCCUUGAAUAUGUCACAUAUGUUUUGCAUAUAUGUGCAACAGUCAGCCAAGUAUAUCUGAGCAAAGUAUGAUAAAUGUGUUCUUUCCAUAUGGGAAAUUAAAUGUUUUUCCAGAUUUUUUUAUAAAAAGUUUAUGAAGAGCAACCUAUACAAAAUAAUUACAAUAAAUCACUUCUAUUUAGGUUAAAAUUAUUAAUUUGAACUAGUAACAAAGUGAUUAAGAACAAAAACCUGAAAAGUCACAUUUAGGACCUGAUUCUAUAAGGAGAUGGAGCAGCAUAAAGGGGAGAGCAUACACAUUUUCAAGGGUAGCUGCUACACGGUGUGAAAUCAUGCAGACUUGUAUAGCAACUUCCAUCUUAAUGUUCCCAGAGUGAUUCUGUAGCUGAUAAAGGACUCCCACUGCCUCCCUGAGAGGGUGAAUAUUUCAUACAGUGCCUCACUGGGAAAGCAAGUGCCCUUUUAUGUCUGUUUUUGCCUAAGUUCUGGUUACAGAAUUUUGUAUUUUCUAUAUGAACAGCUCUUAGUGGUCACUGGUCAAUGGAGAAGGAAAGGGUGUUUUCCUGCAACUGAACAUGCUCUUGCUGGAGCUAGUUCUGGUUACUAACGCACCCCUGGUGCCAAUGGGCAGGGCAGGACACUCCUGGUGCUGUUGCUGUGUUCUGUACCAGCCUGUAAUAGGGGUAAUUGCACAAGUGCCUAGGUAUCCAGAUUGAGGUCCUUGUGCUGUAUCUGUAAACUGCAAAAUCAAGUGAAAAAGGGAAUAAAUCAAAAUGUAAAACUUAUUGAAGCGCCUUCAUGUAAGGUGUUUGCACUAUUAGUUUUUCAAUGGUUUUAGCUUGGCUGAUGGACAAGAGCUCUGCAUUUGUGUUUGCUUUUUUACUCUGCUUAGUGCUUCCAUUGUCACUCAUUAAGGGGGCAGAUGAUUCCCCUCUCCCUUGAUGCUCCAGCUGCCUUUUGCCUGGGGUGUGGGCUCCAAGAGUGGGCAGUCAGAGCUGGCACUGAGCGGCGGUGGCAGGUGAGGCUGUCCUGUUCCGAUCUUUUUAAAAGAGCAGAGGAGGGAUGGCGAGAGUGGUGGGCAGUGGCCUUCCUCCCAGGCUGAUUUUAUUUGAGCACUACCUUACACAUUUAUUUCAGCAAACAUGAAGUGAGUUUUUCAUUCUAUUCCCUUUCCUGCAUGUUGUCAACUACUUCAAACCAGAUGGGCUCAAGAGAUAAAACUAUAAAGACUCAAUGUCUCUAUCUAGUGUGAUGCCAAGUCUGCAUGUCAUCAAAAUAUCUGAGGCAAAAAAAUCUGAAAAGACAAUACUUACCAUAAGUAUUAUGUUAAAAGCAGCCUAGAUGUGUUUGUUUUUUUUUUUUGUGAACACAAUGUAUCCAUGAAUCACUGAGAUUUCAUAUCCACAAAUUUUUUUUAUUACCAUCAAGACAAAUACCAUGUCCACAUUCUCUGCCAUGUUUAAAGUUAUUAUGUAGACCCAACACACCAGCCUUCCCCCUACCUAUGCCAGCACAUGUUUAGAGCAGACAGUGCCAUGGGUGUCUGGAAAAUGUACCUUUGCAUGCAUGAGAUGCCAGAGCUGUGGAGCAGAAUAAUGGCUCAGCAUUUUAACAUCCUCACUAGAUUCUCCAAUCUGGACGUAAUCAGGAUCAGUCAACCUUGCAGCUGGUAGGCAAGAGAUCAUUGAUGUCCAGAAAGUGUUAAAGGAUUUAUAUAGGUUAUUUUUCUGCCCUAAUUUAUGAAUUUACACAUACUGUGAAUAAAAACUAGGAGGAAACGGCACCACUGUAAUCUCAGUCUAAUGUAACUUUUAAUUAGAACUUCAAAUUGUAAUAGACAAUUUUUAGAAUUAGUGAUUUUUCAGUGCCGUGUCACCUCCUGGAAGGAGGCAGUACUGCUCUGGGAUGGCUCUUCUGCAGUGCCUGUGGCUGCUUCAAGACCUCAGUCCAUUCUGCUGCUGUCUCCAGUGGCACUGUAACAUUUGGCGUUACGACUGUUCAUAGUAGAGAAAUAAAUAUAUGCUCACUGGUGAGCACAGGCUUAUUUAGAGGUGUAGGCCGCAGUUUACAAGAUUUCCUAGUAUUCUAACAGCUUUAAAAAAGGAUGGUGGGGAUGUAAAAGCAAAUCCUUCUGCAACUGAAAUGAGCUGGCACACAAGUCUAAGACAGACCUAUCGCUUUGUGCUUGCUCCAGGUACUUUUCCACCCUGCCAUCCUUGUCCUUUUCCCAUGAGGAAUCUGGCACCUUGCUGGAGGAUGUUUGCUUCAAGGCUCUUCAUGCUUUCCAGAAUCUUUGUAUCACUUAACUUACAGGGCAAGUUGCUUCUUUUUGAUUUGCCCCUUCACCUUCUCUUUCUCCUCCUCUUACAAUACCAAACUGCAAAUCAAAUUCCUCUGAGAUCAGUCAGAAUAAAGCAUACACAGUGAUGCUAAUAGAACAUACAGACAUAAUCAUGGCAUUGAUCAGAUAAGCAAAACAUUCACAACUGAGAGAUUAUGUUGCUACAGUCCCAACUGUGUGGUUUAAUAAUACAUCAUAGUAUCAAAAUUUUUGCGAUGGGUUGUAUUGAAGGAGAAUAAACCACUAAUAGCUAAAACAAAAUUUACCUCAGACAUGAGCAUUAAAUGUAUUUGGGGGUGUGUAUCAGUACUACAUGUAUUUGGGGGGGUGUCACUACUUGAGAAGAAAAUUCUUAAUAGGCUCAGUAAAUGCAGCUGGUAACUUUAAAAAUCUAUAGGGGAGCAGAUGGCUCAAGCCAAACAGACCUGUUAUUUUGUGGUGUUUGAUAGGGGGUGGUGGUAAAUAAAACCAUACACAAGAAGGGCUGCGUGACUAACCAGCCUGAACUCUGGCUGCUGGUCUUGUCUUGACCAAAAGGGAUGACAGUAUGUCAUAAGAUCAGGGGAUAAAGAAUUUGGUGUCCAGAAUAUGGCUACUUGCUCCAUGCUUACUUUGAUGUUGUUGGCAAGUUUCACAACUGGUAUGCUUCAAUUUAAGUCUAUUUUUAAAAGUUACAUUUAUUUUAUCUGUUGUAUCUGAUAGUGCAGACGUGGUUUUUUUUGCGUUUAAUUUCAUACUGUAAGAUCCUUAAAUGAAUUGCCAGAAAAAAACCCAGUAUGAUGUUAAUUCUCGAUAGUUUUCUUCACAUAAUUAAAGAAAUCUCUAUCAUUCCCUAGAAGAGUAGGGCAUGCAUUUAACACAGCCAGGUUUACCUGGAAAACUUACUCUGGUAGGGGGACCUGGGCUGGAAUUUCAGAAAACCACAAACAACAGAAAAAACACGCCUUCUUCCUUAGUCAUUGCCAUCACUUUCUUGGUAGCACACUAGUCAUGUUUAAACAUCAAACAACUUUUGUCUCAGCAUUGCUUUAACAUUGUCUAGUAUUAAUCCAGGCAGUCAUGUGCCACGUUUUAUGUAAUGAUCCAUACUUUCACACCACAGACACACAGCCAGAAAAAUAAACACAUUGAUUUAGCACUCGGUAAUCCUUGUUUAAUCCUCAGUCCCUUGGUUUACAUCACUAACAUGGCUCCUGGAGUAGUCAGUGUUCUAUCUUUGUUCUUGGCAGACUGAAUUAAAGGAAAGAUUUAUUAAUUUGUAAGUUGGCUUUGUAGAUGCAUCUUAAAUGUGCUAAAAACCAAAGCAGUCCAGAAGCCAGUAUUGACUUAACUAUAAAAAUCUGUUCUUUAAAACUCAAACCAUUGCAACAAUCCAAGUCAAGCUGCAGAGAGUAAUUUAUUGGUUUACAAAGCAAUUUCAUUGUGUACAGCUAAAUUUAACAACUGUCUCACUGCAGGCCCUCAGCCUACUUCCUUUUUCACUCAUUACGAUAAAUACAAUUAAUCUCCUCUUUCCUUGCUCAUCUAGAUCUAGAACUGCAAUGCUUUAUGGCUUAUGAACUGAUAAGAGAAAGGGGUUGGAACUAAUGGAUUAAUCUGGAAAAAAUGUUAGAGGGUCAGAGAUCACCAUUCAUUCCAGUGGUGAUAAAUAUUCCAUGUAAUUGCUGCACAAAUGCUAGUGUUUGGGAUUUAUUUCUAUUAGUUUACAAAUGCUAGUUGCUUUCUUCUCUCUCAUAGUGCCAAGGACAGUGAUUCUUGGGAGGAAGCCUUUUGUAAUAAUUUAGCUGUCAUCACCUUCACUCCUGAAUCCUCUAGGCCAGGUACAGGCUAGCCCUGUUCCUUUCUGGCAGGUGAGAUUCCAGAGCUAACUCCAGCAGCUUAAGGUGGCUCUUCUCUCACAGCCUUCCUGCUAGCAAGUCAGCUGGAAUCUUGAGUGAUAACCACGCUCAUGUUACAAUUGUAAAGAGCUUUAAAUUUUUUGUAGAAAAUAAAGAGUUGUUAAUUUCCUAGAUGCAAUCAGUCAACUGUAUUUUACAGUCUAUAGCAAUAUAGACUGUCCUUCCUGUUGGAAAUCAUUCUGCUUUGGAAAACUCCAGGUCAGUUCCUUAAGCAAAUAAACUUUCAGAAGACUGUAGUUCACAUUUAAACUAUGGCAUUUAGGUUUAACUCUAAAUCAAAAUAAUGUUGUCCGGUUGUUCAUUUCAAGGGAACUAUAACAUGAAAAAAAAUCCCCUUACUGUUUAAAUAAAAUCAGUAGUGAUAUAAAGCGUUAAUGAAUUCAUUGUUGUAAUGUGCAAAAGUAUCACAUGGAUAGUGCUUUGAUAAUGGGAAGUAAAUACAGGAUGGGUCUGUUCUUGCAAGCAGAUCUGCAGUGUGUCCUUCCUCUUAAAGCUGAUGAAACUCUUUACCUCUGUGUCUGUCUGCUAGGAAGAUUACAGAUGCAGUUCAAGUCCUUAUUUUCAAUUUGUGCUUGCAUGACUGAGUUUAUUUUUAAGUUUACCUAGUCAGAUAAACAUAAAUAUUUAACCCUCAGCAAAGGUGCUAUGUCAGAUGCGAAGGCACAUAGUAAUCUUUAGAGUAUCUUCCGAAAAACCUGUUAGUAAAUCUAAAUACCCAUUGUGAAUCUUCAUAAUUACUUUAGACGUCGAUGUUGACUGUAAACGCCGUUUUUCACAGAAAAGAAUAUACUCAAGAGUUCCUAACUUUCAGGCUCUGAUCUAAUAACGCUCUUAUUAAGACAUGGGGUAUAAAUCUAUUCUCCCUAGGGGGCUGACACUGUGCCAAUAUCAUAGUAUUUGCAUCAAAACUUAUUUCCUACAGUGGAUCUAAGAUGCACAGGCCUUCAUUAAAGAUGCAGUUGGGUAGUGCUUUGAGACCUGAGGUCUACAACAUGGGAUGAAAAUACUGCAUGGGGGUGGCUGUGAGCCAGCCCAUCAACCAGGCUUGGCCCUUCUCAUUUCCUACUGGAACCGUUUGCCCAAGAUGAGUGAGCCCUAGAUUUCCUUUCCUUUUCUGCUGGAUGAGCAUUGCACCUACAGCUCAAAUCUCUGCAAAUUGCGCAACAGUGUAGGCUGCUGUUUGCCGUCAUGGAGAAGGGGAAUGUUUGCACCCUCCAGGCCACUCCCUGCCCCAGUGCCACUGCAGAACAGCUCUCAAGUCUAUCAGGAAGAAGGAGGGAGAAAGGAACUUUUAAUAGCUGGGAUGUGAAGUUGAGAGAGGAAACUGAAUGUGGGUUCACAAUGCAGGGACAGACUAUGUGUCUUGUGGGUUGGGUUUGUUGUUGUUGGUUGGUUAGGCCAAGGAAACUUAAAUUUUGCUCAGCAGUGAAGUUUUUCAGAUAGUCUAAAAGCAUGUUGGGCUACUGCACUAAGGGGUCCAGUGCCUGUUGUACCAUGAUGGUAGCAGCUGUGCCUCUAAGCCUGUACCUUGGGGGUGUGUGGGGGGGAGAUAAAGUGCCAAUUUUUGACAACGGACACCUAGAGCCAUGCUUGAGGAGAUGCAGAGCUGUUUUUUCACCUUCCAGGACUCUGCCCAACCACCAGCUUGACAGUGCUUUUUAGGGUACGGUUAAUCAGUUCUCACUUAUAGCUUGUUGAUCAAAAAGGUGCUAUGAUUACACAGGUUAAAGCACAGGGCAGGGCACUCUCCUGAGCAGAUGGAGACUUGGGUUCUAGCACUUAUUUGCUCUAACUUUUUUAUUUAUAAUCUGAGUAGAGAGGAGACUAAAGCCCAAGCAUGUAUCCAUUGGGUCAUGUUCUUUUAAAAAUUGAUUAUGAAAUUGUUCUCAUGCAGCAGGAUGUCACUAAGUUCUGAUUGCAGAGAACCACUCAAAUGGGAGGCACCGAUCUCAAGGCUGCCUGAUAGGCUUCAUAUAUGGUGUAGUAUGAGACAGGGCAGCAAAAAACAAAUCUCUGCAAAUUCCCUAUCAUGGGUCCCUGGACCACACAAUGUUUUCUAUAUUUAUUUGUUUAUGUCAAUUCUGACCUACUUUAAGAAAUAGAAAAAAGAAGAAGUUUUCUUCCACCAGCAGGUUUGUGAAGAAAGACCCUGUUUCAUUCCACAAGGCUGCUGGCCUGGAGUCUCUUGUAGGGUGUAGGAAGAUCCUGCUCUGUGUGGGAGGUGGAUGAUGGGUGGAGAUGGAGCACUUACCAUCUACGCAACCCUGUCUGGUAGAUGUAAUGAACACCAGCACCUCCCAUUGACUCAGUCUCAUUCAAAAUUAGGCUUUAACUUUGAACUGCAAUGUGAUCCUCCAUGCAGCUACUGAAUAGUAAAGAAAUAAUCAAAGAAAUGCAUUAUUUAAAAUGUCAUCACGCUACAAAACAUGUAAGGCCAAGUUUUAUUUAGAAAACCCUGGCAACAGUAUCCUGCUCUUGUGUUUUAAUGGCAAGAGCAUGGGGCCUGGUGCUUGAGACUUCUAGUCCAACAGUAUUCCCUGCCUGUGAAGCACAGCUGGAUAGCAGACCCAGAUCUUAAUUCGCUUGUGUGUUUUCCCUGAAAUAAUUUCUAAAGUCUUUUCAUACUGCUGAUCACUACAAUUCCAGUGACUUUUUAUUUGAUGUCCAGUUCUGUACAGAGGCAGAAACAAGUAUUUCCAUUAAAGUAUCAACAGUACACAGUCUGGACACAAACCACUUCAGUUUAUAAAACUGAGUUCUGGUUUGCAGGCCAUCUAUUUUUUUUAUCAAACUGGCCCUUGCUAGUCGCUUUGGUGGGACAGUUGUAACUGCAACUUUGUGACUGAAUACACUAGUAAGAUGUCUACGAACUAUGUGUUGUAUGUCUAAUAUGCUGUAAAAGAAUGCAAAUGCUGUUUCAUGAUUCAAACAAAAAAAACUUCAUGAAGGAAUUUCAGCUUCCAUGACCAUAGAGAUGACAAGUUAAUGGAGCCAUUCACACUGUGUGGAUAAGUAUUUAUCUAUGCAAUUCCUCUAAACGUUAAUGGGAGUUGUGUAGCUGAAUACCAGACUUGCCAUGCUGAAACUUACCCCUAACUCUCCAAGGAGAAGGGCGCUAAUUGGAUUGCUGAGUUCAAAUCCUUCAGCUAGUCAGUCUAUGGGAGGGAUUUAGCACUGGCUCUGUAAAAGGCUUUACAAAGCUUUGCAGUGCAGAGCAGGGGAAGAUUUUUUUUUUUCCCCUUUCUUUCUUGUGAUUAAUUGUGAGGCUUGAGGUGACAGGAGACAUAAUGAAAUUCAUAAAUGCCAAAGGCCGUCCCUAGUCACAUUCCUGGCUGUUGGUUUAAGUUAAAACUGACAGAAGUGUGAACAAAUCAAGGUUAUUCCAAUAGCCUUUCACUUACAAGGAAGAAAAAGUAACUGACAAUGAGAAACCACUGGAGGUGGUUUAAUGGGUAUAAAUUUUCAAGAAAGAGUGAUAUUUCACACUGAUUCAGAUUCUUGGAUACAUAAAUGACUUACAAACAGACAUAUUCUGCCCCCACUGCAGUCUGAGGGAUUCCAGUCUUUUUUUCUCAAAAGAUAUUGGCACAAGUUAUUUAAGCAACCUGCCAAAGAAAAGCUGUUGCAAAACCUGUAGCAGAACUCAGGGUGUCUUGUUCUGUGCCUUUGGUGACUGGCCUUGCUCUGCUUGUUACGAAUCUAAAAAAUCCACUUCCCUCUCUGGAAAACAAAACUUGUAGCCUGAACAAGCAGCAUAAAAUUUACCCUAGGACUCUCACUUCAGCCUAGAAAUACAUCCUGCCCCUUCCACACAUCCAGGUUUGAAUUACAAUGUAAAGAAUUGCUUCCCCAGUCCUGUUCUCCUUGUCCAUGGCAGUGCAGAACAUGUCACGUCUGAGUAUAUAUUGACCAGAUACUGAUGCGCUGAUCUUUUGAGCCAGCUGCCAGCAGUCUCUCACUGGGGUUUUUGUGAUCUGAGAAGGACACACAAUGGACAGUUGCUGUGUGGUAGUCCAGCACUGCUAAGGGCUUCAGUUUUUUCCAGCCAAAGAUCCUCAUGCGAUGAUCCCACCCUGCUGUUGCUAAAAUCUUCUUGUCUGGACGGAUGGUGAUAUCAGAUAUGCCAGCGUUGACAAGUUUGUGUGUUUUGUAAACCUGUGUGAGAAAGUUAUAGAUGAGCUCUAAUUGUUUAAAACAAACAGAAUAAAAAAGGAACCUUUGGGGAUUUCAGAAGGUGCCACCCAUAUACCCUGGUAUCUCACUGGUACUAUGGAGCUUUUCAUCACAUGGUGGAUGAUGCUUUAGUGAGAGAUGGAGAAGACCUUAGCUUGAGCCUAGCUGUCUCCAGCACCAUCCUCUAAAAAUAAAAGCAUCCCUUGUGUGUUUUUACUUCAUAUUGCAUUUGAAAGUAUUUAUAUUCUGCCACAAAUGAAGUUCUGAGUCAAGGUUUUGAGAACCAGACUACACAGCUUUGCUCUUUUCUUCCAGCUAUUCUUGCAGGAGCUGCAACAUUCAGAGCUAUGGCCAUAUAUUUUCCCUGCUUCUGCAGUAUUCCCAUGCUGAGAUUCCAAGCUGCUGUUUAAACUACCUGCUACUUAUUUCUACUACUGUGGCCCCUCACAAAAAAAAACCCCAAUAAGCUGUGGUAGCAUUUACCAGUCUUGAGAAAGGAAUGCUUCCAGGAAUUAGGUUACAGUGUCAGGAAAUCUGUAUUUCUAGUAGUCCUUCCCAAGAGACUUUUAUUUACACCAAAUUCCAAGAAGGGGAUUAUGAACAAGUUAUUGGUUUCAGUUUUGGAAGCCUUUUGUUAAUGUUUGGAGACUACUAGGGCACAAGUUUCUGAGGGGCACAAUUAAAUUGGAAGGCAUUUAGGUUCCUUCAGGAGACACUGGGGCUGCACAGGACUUAGCCCUUGGAAAGACAAGUUUUCACUUCACUGACAUGAGCUCCCCCUGAAGCACAGAGGAAAAGAUCAAUAUAAUACACUUUUGCUGUUCUCACUUCAGGUAAUUUGUAUUACUCAGCAGUCUACCUCCAAAACACAUGCAGUAUGUACACUGGAGCGUGUGUGUGCGCGCAUGUGUGUUGAAAUAGCCCCAGUUUGGUCACAAUGUGGAAAACACCUUUUAAGUGUAUGCUGACUCUGAAGUGAUGUUAUUUAUAAGCAAAACUGGAAAUGAUGCAUUAAUGCCACCAUCUAGUUAAGACUGAAUGUGUAACUAUCUUGUAUCAAGGCUUAAUAUAAUUUAGUGCGUGUUUAA